GUGGAUGGCAAGUUAGCGUAAAAUGCUAAUUUCUGGCAGCGUAAAAUCACAGUCUGCGAGUCUAAAUAACGCGCCGCUUCACGCACCCGGGACUCAUCUGCACUUAUUCCAGGCAGGAUGUAGUUUGCGGUCUCUUCCCGGACCGGUCUCUACGGAUGCCGAGCAGGAAGGCUGGAGCCUGCGGGAGAGGCGGUGCGGCAGCAUGGUGGCCGGGCAUCACUGGAUCAUGAAGGCGAUGUUGGACUCUUGUCAUUCCUCUUCCACAACGAUGGGAAGCUGAGACGCUGGGCUGGUGAGAUCAGUUUUUCCUCUCCGUCUUCCUGGGCAGCCGGGACAGAGUUGCCAUGCGGGUCAGCUUCUGCCAGGCUCUUCUGACCGGGGCCAUCAUCCUCAACCUCCUCAUCCUCUACUUUGUAUCGAGGGCCCAGCAGCAAAUGAUGGAGAAAAGAAAGGACCUGGGCCGCGGCACCGGCAGGGCCGCCCUGCCCGCCUCGGUCCUGGGGGCCCUGAUGGGUCCUGCGGGUGAUCCAGGGGUUCUCGAUGGGCGCCACCGUGGCCCGCGGGUGUCCGUCCUGCUGCCAGAGUUUGAAAACUUUGAGAACUAUGUGGCGGACGUAGCCAGUUCGUUCCUAAGACAAAGGCCGGAGCUGCCCUUCCUGGCUCUGUCAGACACGGUCCCUUACCCGCCGCUCGUGCUCCCCGAUGGCGCCCGGUUGUUGGUUCUGUCGCCAAGCCCGGAUCAGCCCCCGCAGGCCCACAGACCGGAGUUCCAUAUACAGACGGAGUUUGUGUUGCUGGUGCCCGAUGGCGUGGAGUUGGAGCAACCGCGAGCUGUGGAGCGUCUGAUCCGCGAGCUGGAAGGAGAAGGCGGCGGGCCGGUCCGGCUGGUGGCGGCGCCCGUGCUGGUACGGUCCGCCGUCCAGUGCCUCCACCUGAGGGUCAACCUCCGAGAGUGGACCGCCACGUACUCGCCCGCCGCCUCUGGGAGCAGCGGGAGCGUGUGCACGGCUCUACACGGGGACGCCGUAGUCCUCAUCCGCACCGAGGACCUUUUCAACCUCUCGGUUCCUCUGGGCCGGCCGCUCUUCUCCUCGCUCUUCAUCCAGACGUCGCUGAGAGGCUGGAAGGUGAAGCUCCUGGAGAGCCCCUGCUUCUCUGCCAGGCAUCGGCCUCUCUUCAGCUCGGCUCACAACCAGUGGAAGGCCGACACCAGGCUGAAGGAGGCGACCGGGAGGCUGAUGAGGAGCUUUGGUCUGAGGAGAAUCCUGCUCCCAGAAGGGAAGGAGCAGUGGUUCGGCUGCAGCAAGGAGACGCCCCGCUGCUUCGGCACCGUGCAGGACGACACGCCCGACUAUCUCUACCUGGAGCGCUGGACCCCACCCUGCUGCCUCCGUGCUCUGAGAGAAACCACCAAAUACGUGAUCAACAUCCUGGAGAGCUCCGGCGUGCGCUACUGGCUGGAGGGAGGCUCGCUGCUGGGAGCCGUGCGGCACCAGGACAUCAUCCCGUGGGACUACGACGUGGACCUGGGCAUCUACCUGGAGGACGUACCCAACUGCGAGCACUUGAAGAACCUGGACGCCGGCUCUCUGGUGGAUGCGAACGGCUACGUCUGGGAGCGCGCCAUCGAGGGGGACUUCUUCAGGGUCCAGUACAGCGAGACCAACCACCUGCACGUGGACCUGUGGCCCUUCUACCCUCGGAACGGCGUCAUGACCAAGGACACGUGGACGGAUCACAAGCAGGACGUGGAGUUCCCCGAGCAUUUUCUGCAGCCGCUUGUGCCCAUGCUGUUCGCAGGCGUCACCGCCUACGGACCCAACAACCACCGGGCUUUUUUAGAGCUCAAAUUUGGGGAGGGAGUCAUCGAGAACCCCCAGUAUCCUAACCCUGCCAGAAAGAGGCUGGAUAAAAGCAAACUCUGAGUGAAACCUUCUAUCUAUGCCCGUAAUAUCCUGCCAAACAAACUGUAUUUAUUCAAGGUGUAGUCGCAUGUUCUGUGCUGUGGUCAGUGUGUCGGGCCAAAGUAUUGAUGUCAGUGGGUCGUGAACGUUUCAGAAUGUAAACGGGUGGAAGAGACAGUGAUGUGUGACGUAGACUGAAUCAAUGAAGAGCGUGUCCUGAAUUUAAGAUGUUUUUGAGUUGUGCUAGAUCCAUUCAGUUUUCAACUAGACAUUUUCUUUUAAAUUUAAAUUAAAAAAGAGCGUUUCAACCAGAAUAUUUAACUAAAUGUGUCACCACACACCAGACUCCAGCAUUUUCUGGCCAAAAACUACAUUUCUCUCUGACCAGCUCCUCCCAACUGGACUUUAACAGGAUUAGAGAAAAGAUGAAGAAAAACUAGUUCAUCCUGUGAGAAGUGAGAUCGUGAGCAGCAGCAGUUGGGGGGACCAAUUUUGAAAGGGUGCAAUUUGGCGUGCAGAGCCUCUGCAGUUCUGUCGUCUGAAGAGUUUCUCAUGUCCCUCCGCUUAGCGGAGGAUGUGUUCCAGUGUAAGUGGGCGGAGCCCCGGCUGUGCGCUUUUGUUUGUCAUUGCAGAUGGAGAAAGGUGAAGUCUUGUUUUGAUUGUAUCAAUAAAGCGACUGCAGUUAUCAAAGG